GCAACAUUCAAGUCAGACUCGAACCCCUUUCCAUCUCAUAAACAUACAGUGCUCCCUCCCGGUAUCAUUGCCAUACUUCUCAAUCAAACGACAUACUACGACAUGGCAAGCGGCCACUUCCUUCAUCAUGACGGUUCUACCGAUCCAUAUUCAAUGCACGGAGAUAUGACUUUAUACGACACCUCGAGCGAGUCUUCAGCGAGCUCACCACUCAACAGCAAUACUUUUGAUCAUGUAUAUGGAAACGAUCACGUAUACGGAGGAAACACAUAUAUGGCAUAUCCAUCAUUUCCCAUACAAUACCAACCAAACGGUGUACCGGUGGGGUUGAUACCGGUGGAAUUAGAUAUCGAGGGUAUCUACGAGGACCAUGAUCGACGAAGGAGAAAGGGUGGGAACGAUAAAGUGGUUGCUUCACACGUGCAUUCGCGUCGCCGAGCCCAAAACAGAGCUUCUCAACGAGCUUUCAGGGAUAGGAAAGAGAAACACAUGCGGGAACUCGAGCAACGAUUGGAGGAGCUUGAAGGUCGUCACAGUGAGCUAUCGCGGUCAUAUGAGUCACUGCAAGUGGAGUAUUCGGGCGUCAAGUCGGAAUUGGAACGCAUGCGUAAAGGGAAGCCCAAUCCCGAACGUUCGGUAUCAGGCUUACCGAAAGAUUUCGAGCAGUCUAAUCUCAGGGGCUGGGAUGAAUCCAAGGUGGAAAGUAUGGAUCCGCUGCUAUUCGACGUCUCUGCGUUUUGUUUUGAUCAGGAGGAGAGUGGACCGCAAUCCAAGGAAUAGGUUGUGAUUGUUUCAUUCGGGUGUGAUUUCCGGCGUUGGUGACUAGGAGCAUGGUUGUUGGGUUGUAAAAGACGGAUAAGACUGGCUCUUGGACGGUUUGGAGGCACACUCUGCCAUGAGGAGUUUAUGUUACUAUCCGCAUCUAUCAUAUGCUUCACCUGUAUGUACUUCAUAUACCCAAUGAUAAUAAUGUCUCGCGUUUGCA